AUGGACUCAUUUCAAUCAACCAAAGCAUGUCAUGAUAAAGACGGUCCAGUCGACAUUACUCUGUGGGAAUCGACUGAGGACAGUCGGCCAAAUUGUAACUGUCAUGAUUCGAAUCCGAGCAUCUCCGUCGUCUGCGAAGAUAAUCCACUUGGUAACUGUUGCAUGGGCGACGAGAACAAGUUGUUCGAUAGCGUCAAAAGCAACCAAGCCGAUGAGGAGACCAGCUCCGUUCUCUAUGCCAGGAGUGGCGAUGAUCCUUGCCGCCAGAUUAUUACCAGCAGCAGCUCGAGAGAUGAGCCUUGUCUGGCCGGCAGCUCUGCGGGGAUGAGCUUAACCGGUGCUGUCCUGGAGGGUCCUGAAGAUAAAAGUAUUGGCGAUAUUCCAGGGCCCGCGGAGAAUAGCGAGGUAGUGGUACCCAAAAGACGAGUAUGGCGGCCAAACCUCUAUGGAUAUCGCGACGCAAACCGUAACAUGUACUACAUUCCUGUUAUAUCCCCGCUUGGGGACGAGUAUCGGAAGCUGGCGACGAAGCGGGAGAAGAUGGAGUUUAUGGCUAAACAUGGCAUGUCUAGGGAGGAUGCUAGGGAAGCAAAACGACAACUGGCACAGGAAUAA